AUGCCCCCUAGGAGAUCGGGCAGAACUGCUGCUGCUGCCGCUGCUGCUCCAGCUGCUCCAGCAGCCCCUGCGGCUCAACCGCUAGACGGAGCCGUCAUUGCCAUCAGCGGCACCUUUGACAAGAAACACGCUGAGAUUGAGUCACUUCUCAACUCCCUUGGUGCCAGCAUCUCAAAGUCCGUCACCAAGAAGACGACGCAUCUCAUCACGACUCAGGAAGACUUUGACGCGGCCACCACAAAGGUCGCGGCCGCCCAGAAUAACAACCUCCCUAUUGUCAGCUUGGAGUGGGCCCAGGAAUGCGAGUCCAAGGGCUCCAAGGUCUCCGAGGACGACUUCGCCGUUGGCAGCCAAUCGAAGUCACAACCAAAGAAAACAUCCCGGCAAAAGACCCCUGUCGCAGCACCCAACGGAUCCAGCCAGAACGGAGCUUCUUCUCAGGCCAAUGCCUCCCAGCAGGGCGCGUCUCAGUCGCAGCCCGCUGCCGCAACCAAGGCCAACGGAUCGCGCAAAAAGCGCACCAAGGACGCUGCGCAAUCCGACAAUGAAAGUGAUGCGCCACCCGAGCCAAAGAAGAAGAAAGCCGCCAAUGGCACCAAGGGAAAACGCGUGGCUUCUGCCGCGCCCUCUGACGAUGCUGAUGCUAAGACCGACGUAAAGAAGGAUGAUGAUGCCGAUAUCAAGACCGACGUGAAAAAAGAAGCCACUGCCGACAGUCAGGCUCCAAAGAAGCAACCCCUCGCUGAAGGUCAAGUCGCUAAGACUUUGAGCAUCUCCAUUCCCCUCGAUGAGGGAUGUUCCAUCCCCGGUGUUGUUUACAUUGCCCCUGACGGCGUUAUCUAUGAUGCAUCUCUCAACCAGACCAACGCAUCCAACAACAACAACAAGUUUUAUCGCAUUCAGCUCAUCCAAAAUGGCUCCAAAAAUGGACCUACUUACAAAGUCUGGACUCGCUGGGGUAGAGUUGGCGAGGCAGGCGCCAACGCGGUCCUCGGCGACGGCGAACUGUCUGAAGCUCUCAAGCAGUUUGACAAGAAGUUCAAGGACAAGAGUGGACUGUCCUGGGCUGACCGCGGAAAGGAUCCCAAGCCCAAAAAGUAUGCUUUCAUUGAGCGCAGCUACGAGCCUGAUUCGGACGACGAUGAUGAUACAGCCGGCGAUGUGAAGACCAAGGAAGAAGAGCCCGAGGAGGACAAGGUGUCUGUCGCAUGCACCCUUGAGAAACCGGUCGAAGAGCUGAUGGGCCUUAUCUUCAACCCGGGUUACUUUGCGCAAGCCAUGUCGUCCAUGAACUACGACGCCAAUAAGCUGCCCUUGGGUAAGCUCAGCAAGAACACCAUUGUUCGCGGUUUCCAGGCACUCAAAGAUUUGAGCGCCCUUUUCUCCGACCGCACUCUUGCGAGCUCCAAGUACUCCAUGACCCCUGUAGAGGCAAAUGAGCAUUUGUCCAACUUGUACUACACCUUGAUUCCGCAUGACUUCGGUCGAACGCGCCCACCCAUCAUCAGCACUCCAGCUACCCUCAAGAAGGAGCUUGACCUGCUUGACAGUUUGUCAGACAUGAAGGUUGCGUCCGACCUUAUGAAGGCUGACCGCAAAGCUGUCGACGUUCACCCUGCCGACAAACAAUUCCAAAGCCUUGGAAUGGACGAGAUGACUGCUCUUGACCACAAGAGUGAAGAGUUCACCUUGCUCUCGGACUACUUGAAUGGAUCGAAGGGUUCAACCCACGGUGUCAACUACACGGUGCAAGAGAUCUUCCGUAUCGAGAGAAACGGUGAGCUGGAUCGCUUCAAGGCGGCCAAUGUUAGGAACACCAAGACCGAUCGACGACUACUCUGGCACGGCUCUCGAGUUACAAACUUUGGUGGUAUCCUUAGCCAGGGUCUCCGAAUUGCCCCUCCUGAAGCCCCAGUCAGUGGAUACAUGUUCGGAAAGGGUAUUUACCUCGCAGACAUGUCAACCAAGUCUGCCGGCUACUGCGCCUCGUACAACUCUGGCGGUGAAGCCCUUUUGCUGCUCUGCGAAGCUGAACUUGGCGACCCAAUCCAAAAACUCAUCCAGUCAAGCUACAAUGCGGGCGAUACUGCCAAAGCCAACGGCAUGCUAUCAACCUGGGGACAGGGUAGAACAGGACCCAGCAAAUGGAUGGAUGCAAGCUGUGUUAAUCCGUCGCUCAAGGGCAUCCAAAUGCCCGACACAAGCGUUACCCCAGGUGAUACGGGUGUUAAAAACGCAAGCCUCUACUACAACGAGUUUAUCGUUUAUGAUGUCGCUCAAAUCCGCCUUCGAUACUUAUUCCGCGUCAAGAUGUAG